AUGUUAAUAGGAUAUUUAAAAACAAAAAUGGUGGAAGGCGUUAUUACAAUCAAAGCAAGGAAGGUGCUUACAAAUCCACUUCUUUAUCGUCGACAAAUGUCUGUUGAUAUUCUUCACCCAAAUCGCGCGUCGGUGCCAAAGUCUGAAUUGCGUGAGAGGAUUGCAAAAAUUUUCAAAACGACUUCGGAUGUCGUGAUUCCAUAUGGAUUCCGUUGCCAUUUCGGUGGUGGACGCAGCACUGGUUUCGCUAAUGUUUAUGAUUCUGUGGACUAUGCGAAGCGCUUUGAGCCUAAAUUCCGUCUACUUCGACAGGGAAUUGGUAAGAAAGUGGAGAAGGGUGGCCGAAAACAGCGAAAGGAACGUAAGAACCGACAGAAGAAAGUCCGUGGGACGAAGAAGACUAAGGUUCAAGCUGGGAAGAAAUAA